AUGGCGAACAACACAAAUGGCAAUGCACAAACAAGUGCACAAGCAGCCAUUUUGCAACCAUCCGAAAGCUUACCAACGUCCUCGUUCCCGAUCGUCGAAGGUCCAAAUCUAGAAGAACCACAAACGAUUGAAAGCCUAUUGAACGCAUAUGCUCAUGUAGGUUUUCAAGCAAGUGCAGUUUCACAAGCAUGUGGAAUAAUAGAAGAAAUGCGUAAAUGGAGAUUAUCCGAUGAACCAAUGCAAGAAGAUGAAGAUGAAGAAUUACAACAAGAGCAUGUUCGAUCACAAAUUGGAGCAACAAUCUUUUUAGGAUAUACUUCAAAUUUAAUUUCUUCCGGUUUACGUGAAGUGAUUUUGUUUUUGGUCAAGCAUAAAUAUGUCUCAGCUUUGGUAACAACUGCAGGUGGAAUAGAAGAAGAUAUAAUAAAAUGUUUGGGAACCACACAUCUUGGACAAUUUCAUUUGGACGGAUCCGAUUUACGUAAACGAGGUUUGAACCGGAUCGGAAAUCUGUUGGUGCCAAAUGACAAUUAUUGCAAAUUUGAAGAUUGGGUGAUGCCAAAGCUAGAGAAGAUGCGGGAAGAACAAGGUGAUGACCUUUCAAAGGCAUGGUCACCAAGCAAAGUUUGUAAGCGGCUAGGAGAAGAGAUCGAUGAUGAACGAAGUGUUUUGUAUUGGGCAGCAAAGAAUGAUAUACCCGUAUUCUGUCCUGCAUUAACGGAUGGCUCAUUGGGAGAUAUGCUAUACUUUCACUCUUACAAAUCACCUGGACUCAUCGUUGACUUGGUAAGCGAUAUCCGUAGACUGAACGAUAUGAGCGUCAAGGCAAAGAAGGCGGGUAUGAUCAUCUUGGGCGGCGGGGUUUGCAAACAUCAAAUUGCCAAUGCAAUGCUAUUCCGUAACGGAGCAGACUAUGCCGUCUAUAUCAAUACCGGACAAGAGUUUGACGGAAGUGACAGCGGCGCUAGACCCGAUGAAGCUGUCAGUUGGGGAAAGAUUAAAAGUGCCGAGAGAGGCGGGAAGAGUGUAAAGGUCUAUUGCGAUGCAACCAUCAUCUUCCCAAUCAUCGUUGCCAAAACCUUCGGAAAAGCACACUGGGCAUCCCGCGGCAUUGCAAACAACUCAAAAUAA